AUGUCACAUCGAAGUAGAGGCUGUCUUCGCUGCCGCCAACGACGAGUCAAGUGCGACCGCAGUCACCCUUCAUGUCAACGUUGUAUAGCCCGCAAUGAGCUGUGUGUAGGGUAUCGAGAUGAAGGCGACCUCAUGUUCCAGCACGAAACUGCAAAAGUUGUCCUGAAGAGUCAAGCUUCUAAUCCCUCCAACUCGUCUAGUUCCAGCAGCUCAAAGUCUCCUCGAGAAAAUUAUACAAGGAGGAGAUCGGUUGAGCGUGCCUCCGAGAGCUCGUUCUCGUCGACUACUCCUGUCAAUCUUCCAGCAGCAUUUCCAUGGUUAAAAGACCAGCCGAAAACAGAGUCCGUUUCCAAGGAUGAACAGAUAGCGAACAUGUUCAUGGAGAAAUACGUGUUGCUUCCUUGUAACGAAUCAUCCUCCCCUGGCUUUCUUGAGCAUCUCCCUUGUUUGUUCAAAGAAGUCAAUAUCGAGGGCCGCUACGCAUUGAGAUUUGCUGUUCAAGCACGUGCCUUCGCAGACCUUUCUCGUGAACAAAGCUCAGAGGAAUUAGUCCAGAGAUCGCUCGAGCGCUAUGGUUAUGCUCUUAGUGCCCUUGGACAGUCGUUGGCUGAGAAGAACAAGACUCCAGAUGAUUACGAUUUGAUGACAGUCGUUAUGCUAGACAUAUUUGAGACAACAUUUAUGCCUGACUCGUCGACAACUGGUGCGCACGCCCAGGGCAUGGCACAUAUUUUGCGACUCCGUGGCCACGAGCAAUUCCAUGAUCCCCGUGGCUGGGGCCUGUUCCGUCUAGCUCACCAUAGACUGCAAAAGCAGCAUUUGGCUAAGCAAUUAAGCCCACUCCCUGAAUCGCAAGGUUGGCUUGACAAGUUGAACGAUGAUAUGGCUUCGGUAAAGCUAGAAAAAGACGGUCUAGCAAUCAAUCAAGUGUGUCAGCAGGCAAACCAGUUACUGGACUCUAUCAAUGCUGGAGACACUGAAGUACACCAUUUGUUAGACCUGAUAGAUGAGAUGCUCCGCCUUGAUCAAGAGGCUACUCACUGGCGAAAGAAACCAGAAUGGAACUUUCAGACUAGGGCUCGUGAGGAAGUACUAGAGAACAGAGAGUCCAACUUCUGGUUGCCAGAGUCUAUCCAGCUUCAUCCAGACUUAUGGAUGGCCUAUGAGUGGAAUUACCACCGUACUGCGCGCAUCAUUCUUCAUCAGAAACUGGUGGCCUGCGUGGAAAAGGUCAAUACUGCACCACCAUCAGACUCUAGAGUUAUAGCUCGAACCACAGAGUCAAUCAGCACUGUCCAGUCUUUGGCUGGCGAGGUCCUGGCAACUGUUCCCCAAUCUUUUGGCGACAUCGAUCACCUCGGUCGAUGGCACGCGGGGUCAAAGACGGCUCGUUGGCAGGCCGUCGGCGCAUACCUUUUGCUUUGGCCUAUAAAGAUCAUCAAAAGCCAGAGCGCCUUGACCACGGGUUCACAGAAAGAGGAUGCACAGAAAGUGUUUGAACGGAUCAGAGAGUGCACGGGCAUCAAGUCAAGCUUGGGUGUUCUAUCCGAGAUCUAA